AUGGCUCUCAGUUCGCGAGCGCAUGCCUUCUCAGUGGAGGCCUUGAUGGGGAGGCCCAGCAAAAGAAAACCACGGGACCCAAGAGAGGAGGCGCAGCGUGAGUUUCUGGAGAAAGAGGGCGGAGAGGAAGAGGAGGAGAGAAGGAGCUCCGCUGCUUGGAAGAGCGAGCUGCCCGAAAAGAGACCCAAGACAGAGUCCUCCGCAGCUGCUCUCUCCAGCUGUGGUGGCCGCACCAGCGAUGGCAACAACUACGGAAAUCUUAGAAAGGAUGUUAUUCAAGUGGAGCUUCAAGGGUCCGAGCUGUGGAAGCGAUUCCACGACAUCGGGACUGAGAUGAUCAUCACCAAAGCCGGCAGGCGGAUGUUCCCCUCUGUUCGUGUCAAGGUGAAAGGGUUGGAACCAGGAAAGCAGUACUGUGUGGCCUUGGAUGUGGUACCAGUUGAUUCCAAGCGCUAUAGGUAUGUGUAUCACAGUUCUCAGUGGAUGGUAGCUGGGAAUACAGACCAUUCAUGCAUCCCUCCCAGAUUCUACGUCCACCCAGACUCACCCUGCUCUGGAGAGACCUGGAUGCGGCAGAUCAUCAGCUUUGAUCGCGUGAAACUCACUAACAAUGAGAUGGAUGACAAAGGCCAUAUCAUUCUACAGUCUAUGCAUAAGUACAAGCCUCGAGUGCAUGUGAUGGAGCAAGAUAGCACAGUUGACUUUUCCAGGAUUCAGUCCCUGCCUGCUGAAGGAGUUAAAAUAUUCUCCUUUAAAGAAACUGAAUUCACUACAGUGACAGCUUACCAAAAUCAGCAGAUUACCAAGCUGAAAAUAGACAGGAAUCCUUUUGCCAAAGGAUUUAGAGAUCCUGGAAGAAACAGGGGAGUAUUGGAUGGGCUUUUGGAGACAUACCCGUGGAGGCCUUCCUUCAAUCUGGAUUUUAAAACCUUUGGUGCAGACACAAAAAGUGGAAGUAGUGGCUCAUCUCCAGUGAACUCUAGUGGAGGGGCUCCCUCUCCUUUAAACUCCAUGCUUUCUCCACCAUGCUCUCCACCUACAUUUCACUUGCCUACAAGCUCCCUUGGAAUGACCUGUCCAGAAGCCUAUCUGUACAACCUGCCAUUUUGCUACAAGAUUUGUCCAACUAACUUCUGGCAACAACCACCUUUGGUGUUACCUCCUCCUGAAUGUGUAGCAAGCAACAACAGUGCUCAGUCUUUAGCCCCACUCAUGAUGGAAGUGCCUAUGCUAUCUUCUCUGGGACUUGCCAAUUCAAAAAAUCAUUCAUCAGAAAACUUCAACGGGCAGUAUCUACAAGCACCCCAUUCUGCAAAUCAAAUAUUAUAUGGAUUACAGGCACCUGGAAACAUUUUCCAAUCAAACCCCGUUGCCCCAGAAACCAUUAGUUGCUCUUUGGGUCCAUCCUAUGGCUAUUAUAAGUACAACUUCUCUAUGCCAUCUAGGCUGAUGAAUUCUGCCAACCAGCUCAAAGCAAAUGGCAACAGUCAAGUUUCUUUUAGAGAAGGCAAAUGUAAUCAUGCUCAUUGGUAUCCAGCAAUCAAUAAUUGUCUUUAA